UAGAGGAGACCGGUACAUCUUUUAACAUCAAGAAACAAAACAAAAACAACUCAAAAAAAGUAUCCUCAAGCAACAAUGUCUGUCAAGGUAAUCAGUAGUACCACUUUGUAUCCAUCUCCAUCAUCUGAUCCUUCAAUAUGUUAUGAUACAAAAAUCCCACUAACAAUCUUCGACAAAGCAGCAUUCGAUCUCAACGUAUCUGUUCUAUACGUCUUCCAGCCACCCAUGCCAUCCAAUGAAGCCUUGAAAGCAGGUUUGUUGAAAGCUCUCGUUCAUUUCCCACAUCUUGCAGGUCGGCUUACAACUGACGAACAAGGUCGACCGUGCAUUCAUCUAAACAAUGCAGGAGUUCGAGUUAUCGAGACAUAUAUUCCGGUGACAUUAGCUGAGCAACUUCCUUUUAAUCCAAAUACAGAUAUAGAAGACUUAUUUCCACCUAUCGAAGGUUUUGAGGAGAUCAUGCAGAUUCAACUUAAUCGUUACGCUUGUGGUGGUCUUGUAAUUGGCCAAACAUGCCAUCAUCAUGUGGGUGAUGGUCAAUCUAUGAGUUCUUUCUACUUUACAUGGGCUAAAUUAGUACGUGCAGCUGGUUUGGCGUCAAACAAAAUCGAUCAAGACCCUAUAAUUCUUCCUUACCAUGACCGAGCUUCAGUUGCCGUUCCUAGGAACCCGCCUAACGUAGAGUUCGACCAUCGCUCCAUCGAAUUUCGGAAGACUAGCAAAGAAAAUGUUAGGUCUUCUUCUUCUAUUAAAAACUUGGUCGUUAACUUCUCUGUUGAUUUUAUCGCGAAACUUAAAAUGAAGGUUAAUGAAGAAAUUAGUAAUUGCACCACCAACUCAUUACCACCCCAUAAAAUGUAUACAACUACUUUCGAGUGUCUUUUAGCACAUGUAUGGAAGAAGGUGACUCAAGCAAGAGGGCUAGAACAAGAUGAGUUCACGCAAGUCAGGGUUGCAGUGAAUGGUAGAGCCAGGAUGAAGCCAACAGUGCCCAUGGAGUAUUUUGGGAAUUUAGUACUUUGGGCUUACCCGAGAUUGCAAGUGAAAGAAUUAUUGCAAGAAAAUUAUGCUUAUGUUGCAGGAGCAAUUCAUGAAGCCGUAGCUCAAGUUGAUAACAAUUAUUUUAAGUCAUUUAUAGAUUUCGGUGAAGUUGCAAAGGAAGACGGAGGUGAGAAGUUGGUUGCCAUGGCGCCGGAUAUUGGCAACUUAUUGUGCCCGAAUUUGGAAGUUGAUAGCUGGUUGAGGUUUCAAUUUCAUCAUAUGGAUUUUGGUGGUGGUAGUCCUUGUGCUGUUCUGCCUGCUGAAUUACCUGUUGAAGGCUUAGUGAUAUUCGUUCCUUCUUGCAAAGAAGGUGGUGGUAUUGAUGUGGUCAUGGCACUGCAACAUGAGCAUGUCCAAAUUUUCAAAGAUAUUUGUCACCUUUAUUGAAUUAAUUCAAAAGAAUUAAUCCAAAGUAAAUUACAUGAUAUAUAUCAGUACUAAUUAAGAUUAUCAAUAAGCAAUAAUUAUGUCUCUCCAUAUUAAUGUUGUAGACAUCUUUUGAUUUAUUUUCUUCAUGUGUAUGGAAUUACAGAUGUGCAGACUCCCAUUAAUAUUAAUUUUCUACCUUAAAUUCUUA